AUGGAGGCGGAAAGAUCCGGUGGAGUAGCAGGGGGAACAAACCAGAACUCCGGAGGCAGCGGCGUGGGGCGCAACCCGAACGGGCCGAAAUCAGUACUCGGGCAAGCGACAACAGCAGCCGCCGCCGGAGCGAUGGCUGGAUCGUCGCAGCCUCGAGAACCACAAGACGGCGACGCAGGCCUAUCGCUUCCCGGGAUCUUGCACUUUAUCCAGUUCGAAUGGGGACGCUUCCAGACCGAGAAAUAUCGCUGGGAAGCAGAGAGAGAUGAACUCAGGGCUCAGGUGACGUUCCUGCAGGGUGAGAGGAAGGGGCAGGAGAACAUGAAGCAGGACCUGGUCAGGCGGAUUAAGAUGUUGGAGUACGCCCUGAAACAAGAGAGGUCCAAACACCAGAAGCUGAAGACAGGCAGUGACCAGAGCCCAGGGGAGAAGAAACCAGAGGCAGAACAAGUGCCUAAUGGGCCAGCAGAGUCUGAAUCCGAGCCAGCCAAUCAGAUGUCCUGGAAGGAGGGCCGUCAGCUACUGCGCAAGUACCUGGAGGAGGUGGGCUACUCGGACACCAUCCUGGACAUGCGUUCGAAGCGUGUGCGCUCCCUGCUGGGUCGUACCAGCCCCGAGGCUAACGGCGCCCCGGCCAGCAGCGAGCAGCAGCUCGCCCCGGACCCCGAGCCCCUGGCAGGGGGGGAGUCACUCCUCAUCAGACAGAUAGAGGAGCAGAUCAAGAGGAACGCGGCGGGGAAGGACGGUUGUAAGGAGCGUCUGGGCGGUUCCGUGCUGGAUAAGAUCCCCUUCCUACACGGCUGCCAGGAUGAUGAUGAGGAUGACAGUGAUGAGGAAGAUGACUUCCAGGGCAUGGGCACGGGCCGUGUAGACGGGCAGCGCAACAAGAACAAGAAGCCGCGCGUUAAGAUGGGGACUGAGCCCAUGCCCACAGACCUGGACCCUGAUGAUGAGGAGGAGGAUGAAGACGACUCGGAGGAUGCCCUGAGCGAGUUUGACUUCCUGGGAUCAGGGGAGGAGGGGGAGGGGGCGGGAGAGGCCCGGAUCUCAGGGGACGGCCGGGAGUUAGAGAACCGCAGGAACAAGUUACAGGGCAUGAUGUCGGACUUCCCCCCCAAACCCUCCCCGCCCCCCUCUGUUUUGGGACAGUCUCGCUCCGGGGAAGGUGGCGCUCUGGGUUUUUCCUCUGACGUCUUCAUCCUGGACGCCGUCGGGGGCGGAGACAUGAACCUGGGAGAGCUGGCUGACCUCACCGUCGCCAACGACAACGACCUCACCGUGGAUCUACAGGAUAACCGGGAGGAGUUCAAGAAGACGUGGAACCCUCGCUUCACGCUGCGUAGCCAUUUUGAUGCCAUCAGAGCGUUGACGUUCCACCCCAGCCAAGCCGUUCUACUCACAGCCUCCGAGGACGGAACCCUGAAGCUGUGGAACCUCAACAAGGCCAUACACUCCAAGAAAAAUGCAGCGCUGGACGUUGAACCCAUCUACACCUUCAGAGCCCACAGUGGUGCAGUUCUGUCUCUGGCAAUGGGAGAGGACGGAGGUUCGUGCUACAGCGGGGGCCUGGACGGAACCGUGCGCUGCUGGAAGAUCCCAGACCUCAACGUGGAUCCCUACGACAACUACGACCCGGGCAUAGAGAGCAGUGUGUUGUUGGGUCACGAGGACUCAGUGUGGGGUCUGACGUAUUCUGCCCACCACCAUCGGCUGGCCUCCUGCUCUGCAGACGGGACCGUUCGCAUCUGGGAACCCCAGAACUCUGCCCCCUGUCUCUCUGUCUUCAACAAGGAGAAAGAGCACGGAACACCCACCUCGGUGGCCUUUGUGAACUCUGACCCCGACCAGGCGGUGGUGUCAUUCGACGGAGGCGAGACGCUGCUCUAUGACCUCAACACAGAGCAGAGCAUCAUGGUCCUGGAGACGGGCACUAAGGACGGCAGUAAGCUGAUAAACUGUGUGGUCAGCCACCCCUCUGAGCCCAUCUCCAUCACCGCACACGAGAAUCGCACUAUCCGCUAUCUCGACAACAAGACAGGUAAAGUGAUCCACUCCAUGGUGGCACACCUGGAUGCUGUCACCUGUCUGACCACGGACCCCAAAGGCACUUACCUCAUCUCUGGCAGCCAUGACUGUUCGGUGCGUCUGUGGAUGCUGGACAACAGGACGUGUGUGCAGGAGAUCACGGCCCAUAGGAAGAAGCACGACGAGGCCAUUCACGACGUGGCCUUCCACCCCUCGCAGCCCUUCAUCGCCUCGGCCGGCGCCGACGCACUCGCCAAGAUCUUCGUCUGAGAGGAGGCACAGACGGGGACCAUCAUCCUCCUUGCCCGACAAACACAACUUGGCCAGAGGAGAGUGAUGACUACAAUGGACAAACCUCACCUGCCUACACAUGCAAUUCCACAUUCACACACACACACACACACACACACACACACACACACACACACACACACACACACACACACACACACACACACACACACACACACACACACACACACACACACACACACACACACACACACACACACACACACACACAGACAUCCAGUGACAUACACACACAAAACUGUGUCCUGCACCCCACUGGCUGGGUCAUCGCCAACAGGACACUAUUACCCACAGUUCUCUAGCUGUCCCAUGAUGCCUCAGUAGCUUGUUGCAAUACUAACCAUACUGCUUUUCUAACGACUAAUCUGGCUGCUCGGUUUAUUAGGUCAGUUUACUACACUAUAAUACUCUGUUCAUUUCUACCUUUAACAGUCCACUCAUGGUUAUAAUAAGGCCGUGUGUGUGUUGACAUUGAUCACUACGCAUGCCGAUGCAUCACCUACUACCAUUAGUGACGCGCGCGUGCACACACGCGUUAACAUUCAGUUUGAAACUGUGUUUCUUUUCAAGUUUUUUUUUUUUAAUAUAAAAAGCUUAGCUCACCAGUUGCUAACACACAUAAGUACCUGACUACAGUAGAGUCCAGUCCCCAUCAAAUGACGGCAUUAGCCAUUGUCUACUGCAAUACAGCGUGGGGCCACAAUGCAUUUCAUUCCAAAGACUUCUGAGGGUUUUAGUUUGUGUGUGUUUUGGAGCCUUCUCCUAACCAGUGUUGGACAAACAGCUUUAAUUUCAGCCUCAUCGCCGAGACACUAAGUCUGAGUGUUUGUGUGUCCGGUAUUGUACGGUCAUCCAUUUCAAUAGAAUCAAGUUUGAUAGGAAAGGUGUGUGUGUGUGUGUGUUGCACUUGUUUAAUCUUUGGUGCUAAGAUCUCGACAGUCCGAGUCUGAAUCAGGGACCUGUUUGCAUUCGAGGUGUGUGUGUGUGUGUGUGGAGUACUGUUUGUCUCACUGGGAUAUUUGUCAUCAACAGUAGCAUGCGUCACUCUCCAGCCAUGCCAUGUUUGUGUUGAGAUACUGUAUGGGGCAUUGUUAUCUCAUAAGAAGACUAACACGCUAUGCUAAGCAGACACUUUUCUACUGGUUUCCUUUUAUAUUUGUGUGUGUGUGUGUGUGUGUGUGUGUGAAGUUGGCUUUUGUCAUUUCAUCAGGAUAGCUGGUUUGUGGAGAUGAUGCCACAGUGGAGACCUCUGACUGGAACGGUUGACGUUGAGAGAAAGUGACCCUACUCCCAAUAUGGCGUCCUGUAUUCUCUCUCCCUUAAGUCGGCAUCAAGUCAGAAUGGUGCUUGGUGCCGGUGUAUUUAUUUAGGCUUGCGCUUGGAAACAAUCAUAUGAUCCAUUGAAAUAGCUGUUGUUGAUUAGGUUUCUGGUUUUGGUGCGAGUCCUCAUAGUGGGAAACUGGCCUCUCUCCAGUGUCAAUGGAGCCAGCAGGGGAAAUUGCCCCCAGGAUAUGGGAACAAAAGGCCCAUAAAGAGCCCUCCUUCCUCUCCCUUUCCCCUAUGGAGAGGAAACAAGAACAAACUCUACCUAACCCUUAGCCCCCCCCUUACAUUGGCCUCCGACAAAUACUGAACCAGACAGGGUUGGGGUCUGUUCACCAAGCAGUCACUUUGGCCUUGGAUUAUUGUGGAGCUGUUUUUCCCUGGAAGGGACAACAAGCUUGGACAAAGAGCGAAGCCACUCUGAGCUGUGGGCGACCGCUAAAGACUUGACAUAUAGGUCAGGGAUCAGGGGUGAUGUCGUUAGGUAGCCGGUUUAUUUUUGUACUUUCCGGGGUGGAGGCAGAGGGAGCCCUACGGGCAGAGCUCUGGCUGUGGAAACAUGGUUCAACAUGGUUCCACAAGCCAGGGCAGAGCAGGGCAUGGCAGUAAAGAAUUAAUGGUCCAGUAACACCAUGUCAAUCGGUAACUGGCCCUGAGCUGCCCCCAACCUACUAAUCAACCCCUAGCACACGCCAGAGGGACGGGGUUAGAAGUCGUCCCAAACCACUGAUUCCAGAUCACAUAUUUCUUCAUCUCCUUAAUGGUUAAAGCCAGAAUUGUGGCUAUGGUAAUCUGAUCCUAGAUCUGUGGUUUAAGGUCAACUUUAACCAACUACAGUACAUGCAACAGGGUCACUACAGGGGUCCGAGAAUCAGGGAAAUGACUGAGAGGUUAACGUUUUCCUCUCCACUGCAAGACCUUAUGGGAAAACACUCUGUGGUCUGGUCAGACAGGUGUCUGCGGGCUUGGUUUAGUAAAUGUCAGCUUCACGUGUUUGCUAAAACAUGAUGGUUUCAGAUGUAUUUGGUAUUUGAUGAGGCAGAGAGAAUGGCUAAAGUGCUACUGUGGCACAUUGUGUGCUGUAAUGCUUUGUUGUUGAGAGGAUAAAUAGAGUACACAGUUGUCAAUCACCCACACUAACUGUUGGUUAUAUGCUGCACUACAUCAGCUGCACUAGACCCCAAGACUAGACCAAGGGGUUAUCUGUAGCUCAGCUGUGUCUUUGUGUGGCUGUGGAGACCAGGGCCCAGUUUCCCAAAAGCAUCUUAAAGAGCGACUGUCCCUAAAAAAGAAGAAGCAACUUCUCGUUUUUGAAAAUGGCCUAACGUGAGUCAGAAACACGUAUUCUACUGUCAAAAUUGACUACGAAGUGUCAUUUUGGUCAUAAAAGUCUUUCUCGUCCCAAAACCAUUGUUACUAAAGUUGCAUUUGAAAGCGCUCGUUAUUUUCCCGACUGCCUCAGAACAGCGGAGUGCGUCGUUAGAUGCUUCUUCUUUUUUUUAAACCCUUCCUCGUCACUUUCUACACUAAACAGAAGAUCUCAGCUAAACAUAGAAUCGAGAUGUUUAUCUGUCUCUGUGAACGCAGAUAACGUAAGAAUGUAGUCGACUGCUACAAAUACAAAGUUGCCAAUGUCCUUGCGAUUGUUGCAAACAAUAAGGCUCCAGAAUAAAAACUGAGUUGACUGUGGGGAGCAGACGGACAAACAAAAAGAUAAAUACAGACAGUAGGCUAAUAUAGGCUACAUACAGUGCCUUCGGAAAGUAUUCAGACCCCUUGACUUUUUCCACAUUUUGUUAGGUUACAGCCUUAUUCUGUAAUUGAUUAAAUCGUUUUCCCCCCCUCAUCAAUCUACACACAAUAUCCCAUAAUGACUAAGCAAAAACAGGUUUAAAAAAAAUAAACGGAAAUAUCACAUGUACAUAAGUAUUCAGACCCUUUACUCAGUACUUGGUUGAAGCACCUUUUGCAGCGAUUACAGCCUCGAGUCUUCUUGGGUAUGACGCUACAAGCUUGGCACACGUGUAUUUGGGAAGUUUUGGGCUCUGGCCGGGCCACUCAAGGACAUCCAGAGACUUGUCCCGAAGCCACUCCUGCGUCGUCUUGACAGUGUGCUUAGGACCGUUGUCUUGUCUGAGGUCCUGAGCGCUCUGGAGCAGGUUUUCAUCAAGGAUCUCUCCUUACUUUGCUCCAUUCAUCUUCGAUUUGAUUCUGACUAGUCUCCCUGCCACUGAAAAACUUUCCCACAGCUGCCACCACCAUGCUUCACCGUAGGGAUGGUGCUAGGUUUCCUCCAGACGCUUGGAAUUCAGGCCAAAGAGUUUAAUCUUGGUUUCAUGAGACCAGAGAAUCUUGUUUCUCAUGGUCUGAGAGACUUUAGGUGUCUUUUGGCAAACCCCGAGCACGCUGUCAUGUGCCUUUUACUGAGGAGUGGCUUAUGUCUGGCCACUCUACCAUAAAGGCCUGCUUGGUGGAGUGCUGCAGAGAUGGUUGUCCUUCUGGAAGGUUCUCCCAUCUCCAUAGAGGUACUCUGGAGCUCUAUCAGAGUGACCAUUGGGUUCUUGGUCACCUCCCCGACCAAUGCCCUUCUCCCCCUAUUGUUCAGUUUGGCCAGGCGGCCAGCUCUAGGAAGAGUCUUGGUGGUUCCAAACUUCUUCCAUUUAAGAAUGCAGGCCACGGUGUUGUUGGGGACCUUCAAUGCGGCCAUUUUUUUUUACCCUUCCCCAGAUCUGUGCCUCAUCACAAUUCUGUCUCGGAACUCUACAGACAAAUCCAUCGACCUCAUGGCUUGGUGUUUGCUCGUACAUGCACUGUCAACUGUGGGACCUUUUAUAUAGAGAGGUGUGUGCCUUUCCAAAUCAUGUCCAAUCAAUUGAAUUUACCACAGGUGGACUCCAAUCAAGUUGUAGAAACAUCUCAAUGAUGAUCAAUGGAAACAGGAUGCACCUAAGCUCAAUUUCGAGUCUCAUCGCAAAUGGUCUGAAUACUUAGGUAAAUAAGGUAUUUCAGUUUUUUAUUUUUAAUACAUUUGCUAAAAUUUCUAAAAACCUGUCUUUGUCGUUAUGGAGUAUUGUGUGCAGAUUGCUGAGGAUUUUUCUUUAUUUAAUCCAUAACACUGGAAAAAGUCAAGGGGUCUGAAUACUUUCUGAAGGCAAUGUAUAUAUGCCUGUUUAUUUAAAUCAGAUUCAAAUCAAUUUCAUGUUCAAUCAAUUGAGUUCAAGUUUGCUGGCUAGCCUACUGUGCAAUUUUUACCUCAAUACAUUUCAUGAUAUGUAAUGUGUGCAAUGACAUGCCUAAUCUGUUUUGUGCAUUAUUAUUGUGUAAGGAUUAGAACAUGCCGCCUCAAUAUUUGCAGCCAUUAGGUGAUACUCUCUCUAGGAGCUGAUCCGUUGUCAGUAUUGUGAAAUAAUGAUAAUGUUAAAGUAAGAUAUGAAUAGAGAGAACUGAUUCGAGAGCAGCGCUGCCUUUCUUUCGAUCCUACCAGUAUCGACACAUGCGCCAACGACGCACUUGGCGAACGAUUCUUUCUGCGUGGUGUUUUGGGGCGUUGUAGGAACGAUGGAUUGUUAAAACACUUGUAAGCCUAAAUUCCAUCGCUACCGGGAAACCAGGCCCUGAAGUGUCUCACUGGCAUUUCUCCUCCCUUCACGUACAUAUUGAGACUGCAUGAGUGUGUUGGAUGAACUCUGCACUCGUCUAUGUGUCAGUCAGUCUACAUGUACGUCUGCAGCAUUGAGCUAUAUACUGGUCCUGAGACGCGGAAAUAUGUCCCUCUUCUGAGAACAUACAAAUCAAUGUGACAAAUCAAAAAAGCGAGAGGAAAAUAAAAAUGACUGUAAAUGAUAAAAGACUAGAGCUACCGUUAUGUGGUGUACAUGUCCAUUUUCAUUUUUUAUUUGUUGCUUUUUCCCCCUUUUGAUUAUAAUUAUUACGGAAGAAUACUGUAGCAUCAAGUGAAAUCAUUAUUCUUUGCUAGGCUUAGAACUUGCUUGUGAUUGAUAAUGACAAUGUAUACCUUGUUUUAAAGAAAAAAGAAAAAAAAAGGUUAACAAAUCUGAAAAAUGACCAAAAAACUAAAAACAUCAAAAAGUGAUCAGUCCGAGGCCAAGGUAAAGGACUCGUUUCUUUGUGUUUUUAUUUUUUUAAUAGCAACUUAUCACUGUGUGAUAUUUUGUAUAUCAUAUUAAGCUGCAUUCAAACAAUUUCCUCUAACUACAAGGGAUAAGAGACCUGCUUUUUAUUGUUUUAUUAUAUAUAUUUUUUUGAACUGCAUUUUAGCUUGUAUUAAAUGACAGAUUUCCCUUCUUUGGUUUUGUUUACUUUGCGGGUCUCGUGUUGUAUGUCAUUAAAGAAGAAAAUUGAAGAAAAAAAAAACAUUUUGUACAGUGAAUAUGAGAGCAAUAUUGUCAUUCAUCGUAUCUUGUCAACUGUCAUUUUAUUGCUGUAUAACUACAACCUAAUGAUCCAGGGUUUCCCUCUUUUAUAUGUUCCUUGUAUAGCAACAUAUUAGGGUUGUUCCACAAAUGAGUCACUUUUUGAUAUUUUAAGUAGACAUUUUGCGCCAAAAUUGAAUUUAAAAGCCUGUUAUUAAAUGAAGUGCCCUUGUAAUAUAGACCACAUGGAAAAUGCAAAAACAUGUAUGAAUAAAGUCUUGCUAAAAUGCAAAAAUUCA